AUGGUCAGGCUCUGGCUUUACUUGGAGAUUCAUAAGUGUCCUGUCAGCUUGUUUGGCCGGCUUACAUCAGAGACGGACAUCCGCCAAAGCAAAGGCAACAGGGAGCAGUAUGAUUCAUUUAUAGAGGAUAAAUUGACUCAUUUUCAUCCACUAAGCUUUCAAAUGACUGAUAGAAAACCAAGCUGUGAUAACCAGGACCCUGAGCAGAGAAAUGUAAAGGACAAAGACCCUGAAGAGGAGGAAAAGUGCACAGGUGUGACAGAGGAUUUAAAAGUGAAGAUCCCGUCUCUGCAGGAGCUGGAGGAGGUUUUACAUUCAGCUCCACGCUCCUGUCGACACGGAGAUGAGGUGUGGCCAAACCUGUAUCUUGGAGACAUGUACAUGUCUCAUGAUAAACUGGGGCUCUGGCAGCUCGGCGUCACUCACGUUCUGAACGCAUCACAUGGGAAACUGUGCUGUAAGGGCACCGACGAUUUCUAUGGUACCACAGUGAAAUACCUUGGAGUCCCAGCCAAUGACCUGCCAACAUUUGACCUUUCACCUUUUUUCCACCCUGCUGCUGAGUUCAUUCACCAGGCUUUGACAUCAGGAGGAAAGGUGCUUGUGCACUGUGCUGUGGGUGUGAGUCGCUCUGCUGCAUUGGUCCUAGCCUAUCUGAUGAUUCAUCACAACCUCAGUCUUCUUUCAUCUGCCCGCUGUGUGCAGCAGAAACGCUGGAUUUUCCCAAACAGAGGAUUCCUGCGACAGCUUAUAGCCCUGGACCGAAAGCUGCAACACGAAGGGUCGAAUGAAAGAGAGGGAAGUGAGGAAAAGCUCUAAGUUAUGAACACACAGGCCAUGUUCUAGCCAUAAGUACCAGGAACUUUCAGUCAAAGGAUCAGAGGGUAUUUUCAUCAAAGAACUAAACGGUUACUUGAGCUUGCAAUCAGUCUGGUAUGAGGGGUCAAUUACAAUCAGCCGACCCCAACCAGUGGGAUAGAUCUCUGGCAUGAUAGAAAUUUUAGAUGGCUCACAACAUACUCUCUCAUUGAUUCUUCAACUUCAGGACUCUUUUGUACUGAUUUCACCUGGGUACAAUGGUCAACAGCGCCUGAAAGCACCACAGCAACAUGCAGUGUGGUGUCAACAACGGAAAUACACUAGCCACAAUAUUGUGACCAUCUAUCUAAUGGGAUACCAUAUUUUUUGUUGAUGGAAACAUCUUCUGAUGCUAAGCUAGGGCAGUCAGUGAUGUUUCCUCAGGUCAUCAGGGGAUACGGGUCGAACAUCAGGCGACCCAGUCGAGGUUGAUCAAGCCUAAACUUGUGCCCUUGUAGCAUUCUCCCAUGAAUCAGUUCUCUUGAUCCAGAGCCACC